AUAUUACGUUAUGGUCUAUGACAGAUGCUGUGUAGAUCACUGGCAUAGUCCUUCUAUAUGAUAGUAAAACACAUUAAAUUGCUAAUAUUUAACACACACUAUACUAGAUUAUCUGUGGUACAUACUGGAAUGUGUACCGUGGUCAGCACGUUCAUUAAUGUUAUACCGUAGAUCGACUUCGUCAUUAAUAGCAUUAUAGACACAACGGAUACCUUGUGCCUGCCUUUAUUGGCACUAUGUGUCACCAUUCUGAUAGCGGAAUCCAACGCCUUUAGGCCAGUAUCGCUUCCUACACCUCUGUACCAAACGAGAUUCUCUCUAGGUAUAUCGAGGCAUGAUAUAUACCGCCUAAGAAGGCAAAGGGAGAUUUUAGAUGCCAUGAAUUUUGUGCUUUCACGACAAGAUAAACUGCCAAUCGGAAGAAAUCUAGACCCAGACAUUAUAGAUGGGAUGAAUGUCAUGGAAGUAUCAUUGAAUAAUGACUGCUCCCAUGCUAGAUUGAAGAUAUGCAUCACUGGAGAUUCAUUCCAGCAACGCCAGGGCUUCUCGUGGCUAUCGAAGAACAACAAACUACUGAGGUACCGAUUAGCACAGAUACUGAGGCAUAGGAAAAAUGUCCCUACGCUAUCCUUUGAAAGCCACAACUUGAUACAGCAAGCCGAAGUACUAAUGAAGAUGAACGAACACUUGAUGAAUCGUAGGCGAAGGCUCGGGCUACCCGAUGAAGAUGAGCCACAGAAUGAUAUAAAGGAAACCAUUGAUGAACACCCCAAAGGACAGUUCUUAAUCUGAUUCU